UAACACACACACACACAAACAUAGCUGACUGGCCAGUUGUACUGUACCUUAACGAACAUACAGUACUGUCUAUUAGUUAAAAACAUGUCAUCGUCGCCAGCAAUCAGCUCCGGUAGUAGUAGUAUCGACAACACUACUGUCCCGCCAUCGCCGUCGCCGACCACUGGCUCCGACCGAUUCGGCUCAAGUAACGACUCGAACGAUGUCUGUUGGAUACUGACAUCGGCUUUCCUAAUAUUUACAAUGCAAACCGGUUACGCCCUAUUAGAGUCGGGUGUCGUUUCACGUAAAAACGAGGCCAACAUUCUAGUGAAAAAUGCCGUCAAUAUUAUGUUCGGUUCGCUAGCUUUCUGGCUGUUCGGCUACGGCCUGAGUUUCGGUACACCGGCCAACCAGUUGGUAGGUUACGGCGAUUUUAUGGUCACCGCUUCGGAACUGGAUAUGGGACCCAAAUAUUCGGAGAUGGCCUUCCAGUUGGCCUAUUCGACAACAUCGACGGCCAUCAUAUCCGGAUCGAUGAGCGAACGGUGCAAAUUUGUAUCGUACCUGUUGUUCAGUUCGGUCAAUACGUUCAUCUAUUGUGUACCGGCUCGUUGGCUGCUCCGGGAGGGCGGUUGGCUGAGAUCGAUGGGUGCCGUCGAUAUUGGCGGCUCCGGUACUGUACAUUUGGUAGGCGGCUGUUCAAGUAUAGUGGCCGCCAUACUGUUGGGACCGCGAAUCGGCCGAUUCGGUGCCAACAGCAGCGGCGACAUACCAAUGGGUAAUCCAACCAACUGUCUGAUGGGUCUAUUCAUGUUAUGGUGGGGUUGGCUGGGUUUCAGUGCCGGCUCAACGUUCGGCAUAACCGGCGAUAAGUGGAAAUUUUCCAGCCGUGCAUCGGUUACGACUAUACUGGCGUCGAUGGGCGGCGGAUCGGUCGGUAUGGUACUCAGCUAUUGGCUGAAACACGGUCUCCAGGAUAUUACCAUGCUUAUGGAUUCGAUACUCGGGUCGCUGGUGGCCAUAUCGGGUGGUGCACCAAUAUUUCGACCCGGUUUUUCGGUACUGGUCGGUUCGGUGGCCGCUUUUCUAGUACUAUCAGUCAGUCCGGUAAUGGCCCGCUUGCGUAUCGACGAUCCGACCAAUUCGUUUGCCGUACACGCAGUCGGCGGCGCCUGGGGUUUGAUAGCCAUUGGCCUGUUUGCCGAGAAAGACAAUCUAAUAAACUAUACUAACGGUACUAAUGGUUUGCUAAUCAAUUGGGACACUCGACUGAUAGCAUCGCAACUGUUAGCCAUUGCCGCACUGUCCACAUGGAGUAUCCUAUCGACACUGGCCAUACUGUUGGCCAUCAAAUAUACGGUUGGCCUGCGUAUGAGCGUACGGGACGAAAUACUGGGACCCGAUUUUGUUGAUCACGGUCUGGAAUUGUCGGCCACUGGUAGCCAUAAACUAUUUGGAUAG